AUGCAGUCGUUAACGGGCCUGAGUCUCUCAAUUAUCCUUCUUCUUCUCCUCUUCAUUCAAACACGCGUGGUCGUUGGCUCUGAAGUGAAAUCACAGCACCUAGAGGCAGGACACGUUGAAGGACGAGAUGUUGAACUGACUGACGCAGCGAAAUCCAUGAUGGGAUAUGACGAUUUCGUCACUGAUGAGGAUCUUCAUCCUGCUGGGUGGUUUCCGUCCGGAGUACAAGAACCACUGAAAACACCACGUGCAAAAUCACGAACUAGAAAAUCGUUAUCACAGCAUCAUAUAUUUCCAUACUUCCACAUAGACCCGUAUGAUGGUUUCGUGUUUCUUACAUUUUCUUAA